AUGGAGAGUCCGGGUUCCGCCGCGUGCUGCCCGGUGCUACAGCAGCGUGCUCGUUGGGAACGAAAACGUGUCUGCACCUCUCGGGAGCUGCUGGAGACCGAGCGGCGCUACCAGGAACAACUGGGGCUGGUGGCCACGUACUUCCUGCGGAUCCUGAAAGCCAAAGGAACACUACGACCACCAGAACUCCAGACCCUGUUUGGGACCUGGGAGCUCAUCUACGCCGCCAGCCUAGAGCUGCUUCCCUAUCUAGAAGAAGGACAGUGGGGGCCGGGGCUACAGGGCUUCUGCCCCCACCUGGAGCUCUAUGCCCAAUUUGCUGCCAACGCAGAGCGGUCUCAGACUACCCUCCAGGUGCAGCUGAAGAAGAAUAAGCGUUUUCGGAGAUUCGUGACGCUUCAGGAAGGUCGCCCUGAAUUUAGGGGUCUUCAGCUCCAGGACCUGCUCCCACUGCCUCUGCAGCGGCUCCAACAGUACGAGAAUCUUGUCGUGGCUUUGGCCGAGAACACCGUUCCCAGCAGCCCUGACUACCAGCAGCUCACACGGGCUGCCCGCCUGGUAAGUGAGACCGCCCAGAAGGUCCACGCCAUCGGCCAGAGUCAGAAGAAUGACCAGCAUCUGCUACGUGUCCAGGCUCUACUCAGUGGGCGCAAGGCAAAAGGGCUGACUUCAGGGCGCUGGUUCCUACGGCAGGGCUGGCUUUUAGUGGUGCCUCCUUCGGGGGAGCCUCGGCCCCGGAUGUUCUUCCUUUUCUCCGACGUGCUCCUCAUGGCCAAGCCUCGGCCCCCACUGCACCUGCUGAAGAGUGGCACCUUUGUCUGCAGAGCCCUGUACCCUAUGUCCCAGUGUCACCUUAGCAGGGUCUUUGGCCAUUCGGGAGGACCUUGCGGUGGUUUGCUCAGUCUGUCCUUUCCCCAAGAGAAGCUCCUGCUUCUGUCUACUGACCAAGAGGAGCUGUCACAAUGGCACCACAGUCUGACUCAGGCUAUCAGGUGA